AUGAGCGCGGUUGUUCGUGUUAAGGGCGUUAAUGGAAAUUUCGUACAAUGCCGCGCGCUGUUAGAUACCUGCGCCACGGCGCACUUCGUGACGGAACAGUUUGCUCGCAGCACCGGGCUGCCGAUACACCCGUGCUCUAUUUCAGUCGGCGCGAUCGACGAUAUGCACACGACGUCUCACGGCGCGAUCGAAUUGUCCUUCUACUCGAUUCACAAUAAUUUUAAUAAGAAACUUUUAUUUUUAAUAGUUCCGAAAAUCGCGGAAAGAGUUCCAAGCGCGACGUUUCCGCGCGAGACUAUUAAUAUACCUUCGAAUUUGAAACUAGCAGACCCACAAUUUCAUUUACCGCGAUCGGUCGAUAUAAUUAUCGGAUCCGGCGCUACUCUAUCCCUGCUAUCGAUCGGACAGAUCAAUCUUUCACAAGAUAAAAGUGAUUUAUUUUUACAAAAGACGCAGCUCGGCUGGGCCGUCGUCGGCGGGAUAGCUUCCCCCGAAGGAGGGGGAAGGGUCUCAUGCAAACUAACGGAACUGAAGGAUCAAAUCGCGAAAUUUUGGUUGUUAGAAGACACGACCGCGAAACAAUUUGGCCUACCGGAGGAAUCCGAAUGCGAACGUCAUUAUGCGCAGAACCUAACACGCGAUAAUUCCGGGCGCUAUAUCGUACGGCUACCGUUCCGUCUAGCGGAACGAGAAUUCGGAAACUCACACGCGAUCGCGUUGCGUCGGUUUUACGGGCUUCAGAAGAAGCUCGAUGCCAAUCCGAUACUCAAACGAGAGUACGAGCACAUAAUGAAAGAAUAUAUUGAGUUAGGCCACAUGUCAUUAACUUCAGACGAGGCAGAGGGCGGAUGUUAUCUUCCCCACCACGCAGUCACAAAAUCCACAAGUACCACGACUAAAGUAAGAGUCGUUUUUGACGCAUCGGCGAAAACCAACAGGGGGAUAUCACUGAACGAUACGUUGAUGGUCGGCCCCACGAUUCAGAGUAAAUUGUUUAAACAUCUGAUACGAUUUCGCACGCAUAGAUACGUACUUACUGCCGACAUCGAAAAAAUGUAUCGGCAAAUCUGGAUACAUCCCAACGAUCGACAAUAUCAAAAAACUUUUUGGUAUCACGAAAAUCGCGUCCGCACCUUUCAACUCAAUACCGUUACUUUCGGCAUAUCAUCGGCUCCCUUUUUAGCCAUCCGCACGGUGCAACAACUUGCGAAUGACGAGAGUAAAGACUUUCCCGUCGGCGCGGAGAUUCUGAAACGCGACCUAUACGUAGACGACCUUUUAACAGGCGCGGAUACACUAAAGAAACUCUUGCAAAUUCGCGACGAGACCAUAGAAAUUCUGAAACGCGGCGGUUUCCAUAUUCGACAAUGGGCUUCGACCCAUCCGAAGGCCCUCGAAAACCUAAGCGAACGAACGUUAGACAUAGAAUUCCUCACCAACGAAAAUCCGAUUCUAAAAACGCUAGGUAUUGCAUGGAAUGCGCGUCGCGAUGAAUUACUUUACACGGUUAAACCUAUCAAGAUAAACGAUAGAGUUUCCAAGCGUCACAUUUUAUCCGAAAUAGCCAAAAUCUUUGACCCCCUCGGGCUGCUCGGCCCUAUCAUCCUUGCGUCAAAGGUAUUAAUGCAGGAGUGUUGGAGAACAAAAAUCUCAUGGGACGAAUCCGUACCCAGCGCGUUACAUUCCUCGUGGCUAACAUUCAUAGAACAACUCGAGUUAAUUGAUCAUUUGACCAUUGACCGUCGUCUAAUGAUUGAAAAUUUCAUGGAAGUUCAGAUUCAUGGCUUUUGCGACGCGAGUAAAAUCGGUUACGGAGCCUGUUUGUACGUGCGAUCUUGCAACAAACAAGGCGAUACGAUCGUAAGACUCUGUUGCGCCAAGACACGCGUCGCGCCUCUUAAAGACACGACCAUACCGCGACUCGAACUUUGUGGUGCCCUGACCCUCACGCGUUUGUAUCGCGAAGUCUCCACGGUUUUUACUUUUAAACCGAGUAAAGUCGUCUUUUGGACCGACUCCAUGAUCGUCUUACAUUGGCUGAGAAAAUCUCCAAAUAUACUUAAAGUAUUCGAAGCGAAUCGCGUCAAGGAAAUUCAGGACGUUGGGGAUGAAUUAGAGUGGCGGCAUGUUCGAUCGGAAAACAACCCAGCCGACGCGUUAUCGCGAAGUCAACUUCCGCGAGAAUUCUUGAAAAACGAAUCUUGGUUUAACGGUCCAUUAUGGCUCAGACAGUCCGAAGCGACUUGGCCUACGAGUAUUGAAAUUCCCAUUAAGGAAUUACCCGGCUUGAAGAAGGCCGGCACACUAUCCGUGCAAGAAAUUACUGAAGCCGAACGACGGGUAUUGAGGCUUAUUCAAAAAACACGAUACGCCGUCGAAAUUAAUCGUAUUACAAAGUCGGAAAGAAUAAAAGGCACAAAAUUGGCCUCGUUAAGUCCAAUAAUCGAUGAACAUGGUUUGCUUCGCGUCGGCGGCAGGCUGCAAAAUGCAAACGUGCCCUUUGCACAGAAACACCCGAUACUACUACCUUCACAUCAUCACGUCACCGAUUUAAUUAUUCGGGAUAUACACGAGAAAAAUUACCACGCGGGUAUACAAUCCACCCUCUACACCAUCGUCACCGUUUUUGGCUUCUCGACGGUAAAAAUCAACGAUCUAUCGACUGAGACAUUUCUCGCAGCCUUAAAACGCUUCAUGGGACGUAGAGCCAUACCCUCUAACGUUUACUCUGACAACGGCACAAAUUUCGUGGGCGCGAAUAAUCAACUUCGCGAAUUAUACACCUUGGUCGAAUCAGACGAAUUUAAAACGCGAGUCAAGGACUUCGCGGCAACCAAGAAAAUUUCUUGGCAUUUUAAUCCGCCCUUCUCACCGCAUUUCGGAGGUAUCUGGGAAGCGGCGGUCAAAUCAUUUAAACACCACCUCAAACGAGUAAUAGGUGAUCUUCUCUUCACAUAUGAAGAACUGAAUACCUUGACAAUAGAGAUCGAAGCUAUACUGAAUUCACGACCUUUGUGCCCAAUUUCCACGGAUCCAAAUGAUCCGCUGGCACUGACGCCUGCUCAUUUUCUAGUAGGACGUCCUCUUACAAUGCUACCGGAAGAAAAUUAUAUUUCUGUUCCAGAAAAUCGUCUAUCGUCAUGGCGAUUGAUAACCAAGGCUCGCCAAGACUUUUGGCGCAGGUGGCACACCGAAUAUUUAAACGAACUUCAGAAACGACAGAAAUGGAUGAACGAUGGCAGCGGUCUACAACAAGACACCAUUGUCAUCCUCAUAGAUAAAAACCAACCAUGUAUGCGUUGGCAGCUGGGACGAGUUGUGGAAUUACACCCGGGGGACGACGGCGUGGUCAGGGUCGCUACAAUCAAGACGGCCCAAGGGAUUUUCAAGCGCAAUGCGAAAUUACUUUGUCCGUUACCGAACCUUUCUUAA